AAGAGCCUCCAAGCCCAAGAAGGUCUAGCACAGAAGAAGCUAUCUGAGAAAGAGCAAAAAGAAAGACAAAAAUGCCAUCAGCUAUUCCGUCUUAUAAGCAGCGAUAAAGAUACCACAUACGAGUGGUAUAAAGAUCGCGUGGAAAAUCGGGUUGAGGACACCUGUAUGUGGUUCCUGAGCCAUGACCACUUCAAAAGGUGGUUAGAACAAGAUUCUGGCCCUUUACUAGUCACAGCAGAUCCAGGAUGUGGGAAGUCAGUAUUAGCCAAGUACCUCAUCGACCACAUCCUCCCUCAAUCGGCAACCACAGUAUGUUAUUUCUUUUUCAAGGACCAAGACCAUAACACCAUGCGACAAGCACUCUGCGCACUGCUUCAUCAGCUGUUUUCUAAAAGGUCGUCUUUAAUUGAACAUGCUAUAAAAGAAUACCACAGCGAUGGAAAAGGCUUAAUCAACAACACGAGAUUACUAUGGAAGAUUUUACACAACGCUAUAAACGAUCUGCGUAAUACCGAAUCUAUUGUCAUAGUCCUCGAUGCUUUGGAUGAAUGUGCCGAGUCCGAAUUUGACGACUUGGUGUGGAACAUUAAGGAACAAUUCAGCGAUAACCAGAUGGGUCACAGUAGGUUGAAAUAUCUUUUGACCUGUCGUCCGUAUGAGCAAAUUGUAUCAAACUUUCGCAGUCUAUUGAGCACUUUUCCGUAUAUUCGGAUACCGGGCGAGGAAGAAUCAGACGCCAUAAGUCGAGAAGUGGACCUUGUUAUUACACAUCAGGUGGACCUCUUGGCAAAAGACAAACAGUUAUCAGUUCAGAUUAAAAACGAGUUGAAAACAAGAUUACAACAAGCUACCAACCGCACAUAUCUUUGGAUAUAUCUCAUAUUUGACUACCUAAAGAAAACCAACUUCAUAAAAACACAAAAGGCAAUAACGGCUAUUAUUAUGACUCUUCCUGGGACCAUUAACGAAGCUUAUAACCAGAUUCUUAGCAAAUCUAAGGAUGAUUUCAUAACUCGCAAAGCCUUGAAAAUGAAUGUUGCGGUGAAUAUAGAUUUUAAAUCGUCUCGUUAUCUCGAUUUGGAAGAUGACAAAGACUUUGAGACGCGCCUCAGAUCUUGUUGUGGAUUAUUCAUCUCAAUCUAUCACGGUAAAAUAUAUUUCCUUCAUCAAACCGCUCGAGAAUUUCUGAUAGAUACUGUAUUGUCCACAGCUACUUCAACAACACUGCUCUGGCAUCAUUCAAUUACUAUGCGCAGCUCCCAUGCUAUUCUUGCGGAGAUCUGUGUGUUAUAUCUGAAUCUUUUCAACAAUGAUGUCGACCUUUCACCAGAUACGGAAAUGAAUGGUGGCCAUCUUCCGUUUUAUCAUGAGAGCUUUUUGCAUUACUCAGUCGAAUUUUGGAACACUCAUUUCCAUGAGGCUAAAAUUGUGGAUGCUGGUGAUGCCAUUAUCCCUUUUGCUUUAAGGAUCUGCGAGCCGUUGUCUGAGAGUUACUCUACAUGGUCU